AUGGCGGCCACUUCUACUCCACGUGUCCUGCUGUUGGGUGGACAUGGCAAAGUCUCCCUUCUCCUGUCGCCGCUGCUACUGGCCAAGCAUUGGAACAUUACCAGCGUUGUCAGAAAUAAAGACCACGAAGCAGAAAUUCUGGCUCUCGGUAAGGACAAGCCUGGCCAGAUCGAGGUUCUAGUGGACAGUUUGGACGACGUCAAAGAAACGUCCCAGGCACAAAAGGUCAUAGACAAGGUCAAGCCUGACUAUGUGGUCUGGUCGGCAGGCGCCGGCGGGAAAGGCGGACCUUCACGAACCAAAGCAGUCGAUGAAAUCGCCGCGAAGGCGUAUAUAUCGGCAGCGCUUGCAACACCCAGUGUAUCGAAGUUCAUGAUGGUCAGUUAUAUAGCCUCACGUAAGGGUACUCCUCCGUGGUGGUCGGAAGAGGAUAAAACAGCCGCAGACCAUGCCAACACCAAUAUUCUGCCUCACUACUACAAGGCCAAGGUGGAAGCGGACGAGCAUCUGGAGGCACUGGCAAAGAAACGACUAGACUCAGGGGACAAGACAUUUCAAGCGAUCAAUCUCAGGCCUGGAACUCUGACAGAUGCGCCAGGCACUGGAAAGGUGAUACUGGGCAAGACGACUGCCCGCGGAAGCGUGACUCGUGAGGAUGUCGCCAGGGUCGGGGCGGUUCUUCUGGCGCGGAACGAUACUCGAGGCUGGUUUGACUUGCUUGAGGGCAAGGAUGAUAUUGAGGAUGCCAUUGAUGAGCUUUUACGAUCUGGGCACAAUGGCAUUGAAGGCGAAGAUCUGGACAGGAUAUAUGCGCGGGCUUCGUGA